AUGUCUAGCCGGCAACGGCAGGCUGUCAUCAGCGAUGCAGAAUGGGAGCGGGUUAGGCCCGCCAUUCGACAACUCUACCUGCGAGAAGAUAUGACGCUGGGAUUCGUGCUGGCCGCACUCAAAACCGUACACAGCUUCCACGCAAGCAAAGCCCAAUUAGAGUGGAAGCUCAAGCAAUGGCACAUGAUUAAGAACAUGACCGUCCAGCAAUGGAGGUAUGCCGACGUUCGGAUUCGCGAGCGACAAAGUCGAGGCAAGAAGAGCAGCCUGUAUCUCUCUGGGAUCCCGUUGAGACCCGCAGCGGUGGAAAAGGCGAGGAACAGACACUGUUACGUAUCAGUCGUUGAGCAAUUCAACCCAGGUCUUGCUCGCUCGGCAACUUCCUACGCCCUCUCAUUUUCAUCGCCCAAUUCCAUCGCGAGAAUGAUGCAACAUGGCUAUCGCUUCAACUUCAAUUGCUAUCGCGUCGCUGAGAACCGAUACGCCCUAGAUAUUUUGCCUCUCCUUCAGAAACAUGGGGCGCUAUUAGACAGGGUGCUUCUGACAACAGCUAUUCUUCAAAAGGUUCCUACCAUUGUCGAUUGGUACAUUGCCUCUGGGGUUGGUAUCAACACUGUCCACUGGCAUGAUGGCGACAGAUAUUAUGGAACACCACUUCGAGCUGCCGCCAUGCGGCUUCCGCCGUCUUCCACCUUUGGCAACGGCAGCUAA